AGCAGCUGUCGCAUCUGUGGACAGUGACGGCAAAAUCCGCAGGAAGAAGAGGAAGAAAAAUUAUCGCGAUUUUUUUUUGCACUUUUUUGGCAAAUUUUGCGAAAUUUUACUGACAAUCCUCCUUUUGGACAUUCCUAGAGUUGGUGCUAGAGCGGUAUGUGGUGUAGGGAAGGCCAUCCAGCCAUUCCAUUGAGUUGUGCAAUGUGAAAAACAAUAAAAAAGAAGGGUUAUCUGCAAUCCGGAAGUGAAGCAACUUUUCCACCUUGUUUUCCAUUCCUCUGCACUGUUUGAGAGGUACCCAGUGCCAUGGGAUUCGACUUAACCCGUUUUCAGGGUGAAGUGGACGAAGAACUCAUUUGCCCCAUAUGCUCUGGAGUCCUGGAGGAACCUCUUCAGGCUGGAGUCUGCGAACAUGCCUUCUGCAGAGCCUGCAUCACAGAAUGGCUCUCCAGGCAGCCAACGUGUCCAGUUGAUAGGAAUGCCAUCACAACAGCCAAUUUACGAAGUGUUCCACGCAUCCUGAGGAACCUUCUCUCAAGACUUUGUAUUGCCUGCGACAAUGCUGUGUACGGAUGUACGUUGGUACUGAAAUUGGAUAGCCUUGCGGUGCAUCUGGGGGAGUGCGAGUACAACCCCAAGAGGCCGCUGCCGUGUGAAAAGGGGUGCGGCUUUGUCAUUCCGAAGGAUGAGUACAAGGAUCACAAUUGCGUGCGUGAGCUACGAUCGCUCAUACACACGCAACAGCAGAAGCUGGGGGAGCUGAAGGUGGAGAUUGGUGAUCAGAAUCUCACGAUAAAUGAGCUGAAGCGUGAAUUGCAGCUCUUCAAGGACUUUAUGCGGGCAAUGCGAGUCUCAAAUCCCGUUGUGCGCUCCAUUGCUGACCAAAUGGAGCGCGACGAGGUGGUCAGAUGGAGUAAUACAUUGGCCCGGGCCCGUGUCACACGCUGGGGUGGAAUGAUCUCAACGCCCGACGAAGCACUUCAGCUGAUGAUCAAGAGAGCCCUGUCGGAAUCCGGAUGUCCACCGCAUAUAAUUGAUGAUCUCAUGGAGAAUUGCCAUGAAAGACGAUGGCCACGGGGCUUGAGUUCUCUCGAGACGCGACAGAAUAACCGUCGAAUCUACGAUAAUUAUGUCUGUCGAAGAAUUCCAGGAAAGCAAGCUGUUCUUGUUUUAAGUUGUGAUAACGCACACAUGGCCGAAGACGUAAUGGUGGAGCCCGGACUUGUGAUGAUUUUCGCACAUGGUAUUGAGUAAUUGGGAAGGAAGUGAAGUUUACAAAAAAAAAGAAAAGAAAAAAAUAUGAAAUUAAGUUUAAAAAAAUUGUAUAUGGAGUGGCGAUUUUUUUUUAGAAUGACAAAAAUGUGAACGAAGCAGAACACAAAAAAAUCUCAUAUGUGUGUUGGAGGGAAGAGAGAAUUGACCUACUAAAAAAAUAGCAACGCUUUGACGUUAUUUUUUUUUUUUUCAAUAAUGUGGUUCUCGAUUCUCUUUUUGACCCUCACAACGUGCAAUGUUGUAGAUCUCUCAGCUGCUUUAGUUUUUUUUUUAAAUAAUAUUUUUUAUAAGCCCAAAAAAAGGCCAGCGAAAGAAAGAAAUGCUGUCUCUCUUUAUUGUUUUUUUUUUUUGUGUAAAAUCCAUUGAAAUGCAUUCCUUUAUUUCUUUCAUAAUUUUUAUAUAAUAUAUAAUAAUAAUAUUUCUUCACAUUUAAUCUAUAGGCUUAUUUUUAAUUACGCUAAUUUUUCAGUUUUUUUAUUUUCAUUUUUUUCAUAGAUUUUUUUUGUAUUUCAAUAUUUUUUUCUCUUCUCAUUUCUCAUUUCAUUUUUUUUUGUUUAAAUUGUAUAAUAAGAAUAAAAACGUGUAACAGAAGUCAAAAUAAAGAGAGGAAAAAAAUACUUUUGAUUUAUUAUAAUAGAUAUAUUUAUAUAAAUUUUUUUUUAACUCUAAAAAUGAGAUAAAAAGAUCAAUAGCAAAGAAAAACAAAUUGUUUAAGUUUAUUAAAAAUUUUGAUUUUGCAAAGAGAAAAUUUAUUUUUUAGGGGGGAAGGAAUUUUAAAAAUUCUAAAAAGAAUUUAAAAAAUGAAGAAAAAAUGCAACAAGAAUUAUUUUUGUGAUUUAACGUUUAAGUUUUCACUUUUUUUUUGCUAAUAAAUUUAAUAAUGAAUAAUUUCUCUUCCUCAUCUUCUCCUUCUUUUUUUUUAAUAUUAAAAUGUAAUAACUAGAGCAUAAUAGUGGUAUUAUUUUUUUCUCAUUUAAAAGGUAUUAUAGAAGCUAAGAGAUGAUAAUAAAAUAACGCAAUUGAAAUUAUUAAAAAUUUGAUUACUAUAAAAAAUGUAGUUGAGGCUUUAGUUAAAAGAAAAAAAACAAACAAAGAUUGUUUUCUCAUUUUUGCUUCCAAGUAAUUCUUCUGUUUUUCUCUCUCUCAAGGGAACAUUGCAAAUUAAAUGGCUUGGAAUGAGUUUUAAUAUUAUUUAAUAUUUUUUUUUAAGAUUGGAUUAUAGAUUUUGCAUUUUAGGGUGUUUUCUCCUUUAGGACUCAUUGUUUAGUACAUUAAAUUAAUUGAAUUGCUUAACGUAGAAAAUUAAAUUUUUAAGAGAGCAAAAAGAUGAGAAGAAACACGAAUAGAGUGAGAAAGAGAGUCUGUUUGCGUGCCUAGCCAAUAAGCGUACACGGUUUCUCUCUCUAUCUCUCUCUAAGUUUCUCCUAGUCAUUUUCUCUCUUAAAAAUUAAAUUUUCUAUUACAAGAUCAUUUAAUUAUUUUCUCAAUGAACUAUUCAAAUCAACAAUAAUUACAAACAAUUAAUUAUAAAAUGAAAUGUAAAUUAAUAAGAAGAAGAAUCAAUGACGUAGAGCUUUCUAAUUGGCUGAUAAAUUCGGUUAGAGACUUCCAUUGGCUCCAAUUCGCGGAGUGGAGCUACAGUGCAAUGUUAAUUUAAACAGACUACACUAAAUUAUGAGUUUUGUAGGAAAGAACUUUUGUCACGCGUUGCACCUCUUAAAGAAUUAUUAAAAAAAAAUUAAAACUCAUUCAAAUCUUCCUUUAAUUUACAAUGUUCCCUUGAUAUAAUAAGUUCUCUGUAACCUAUAAGAUUUGCAAAAUAAAACACAAUAAAAAUGUAAUAAAAAAUCAGAUUAAGUUGAAGAAACAAAAUUUAAGUGACAAUUAUUGCACACAUGACACAAUUACUUCAUUUUUUUGUUUACUAAAGAAAUUUUUUCACUAUAUUUUCAAUUUUUUUUCUCUUUUCUAUACAUGAUAAUAUUUUUUUUUUGUUUUUUGCUUCAACCAUCGAAAUUUUUCCUUUUAUUUUUGUUUUUUUUUUAAAUAAAAAAACGAGAUUCUCGUAUUUUUUUGUUUUGUUAUUUUUCUCUUUUGAUUUUCUAAACUUUCUUUCACUUCUCCUUCAUAGCAUUAAAAAUAAAAAUUAGAAAAAUCGCAAAAAGAUGUUUUCCAGACAAGAAAAAAAAUAUAAAUGAUUGAUUUAAUUUUUUUAAAUCAUCUAAAAUAUUAUCUAAUGUAAUAUUUUUCUUUUUUAAUUUUUGUAAUAGAAAUGUAAUGUUUUUUUUUUUAAUUUUUAUCUUUUUCAAUAAGAGAAGGGGGAUUAAAUUGUCAAUUUAUGCUCCCCUUUUCCACUAAAAAUACGCCAAUAAAUCAAUAGUUUGAAGAACAAAAAAAUACAAAUACGAAAAAUCA